UAGACAAUGGAGAUAAGGAAAGAUAUCCUUUUCUUUUCUUCAACUGGGACAUGUUUGCAACAUCAAGCAAACUAUGUCCUAAUCUCACCUCCUCUAUAAAUUCCUUUGAUCAAAAGGCCCCUUUUGUUUUUGUCUGAUCAAACAGAUCAAAUGUAUUGGCAGAGACAAACAAGAAGACGUUCUUUGAGAGAAUCGAUCAAAGCCGUCGAAGCUGAUGUUCAUCAAGCCAACAGUUUAGUGGCUGCACUCCCCAGAGACAUAGCUGGGGAUUCUGUCCAAAUGAAACUGUCGUUCAGCCCGUUUGCACCAUUCUUGCUCUUUCUAUUGGAAUGGAUAGAUUGUUGCUGUUUGGAUGCUGUCAUCAGUUGUUUGGGACUUUUUCACAUUCUUGUAUACAAGGUGAGCUUAUCCUCUGCUCUUACAUCAUACCCUGAAGAAAGGAAAGCCACUCUUGGGGAAUUCUAUGCUGUCAUAUACCCAAUGCUGAAGCAACUUGAGGGCAAUCUGGUGGGACUCAUGGAGGACAACCUUAAGAGGUCCCAAGUCUCUGAUGCUGUUGAGAAUAACACAAAGUCUUGUGCAGAUGCUGACAGAGACGACGAAUGUGGAAUAUGUAUGGAACUGGACUCCAAGGUUGUACUGCCUGUCUGUGGCCACUCAAUGUGCAUAAGCUGUUUCAAUGACUGGUCCGUCAGGUCCCGAUCGUGCCCUUUUUGUCGAGGCAGCUUAAAGAGAGUGACGUCGGGAGAUUUGUGGGUUCUGACGGGCAACUCUGAUGUGGUGGACGCCAUUACUCUUGCCAAGGAGAACCUAAGACGCUUCUACCUAUACAUCGACAAGUUGCCACUUGUAGCAUCGGAAGACAACUUGCUCAUGUCAUUUGCUAGGUCAGUUCUUGCAAGAGCCGGUAACAUGAAUUCGUACAUCAAACCAAUGAUUAACGUUAGCCAAGAGGGUUGAUCGUCGGCAUCCACUCGACAUACCUGAAGUCUAGUGAAGAAGACAGGAGACAUCAAAGAUUCAACUCAGCUUUUUGCAACCUGAGUAGAACUGAUGUUCUGAAUCAGCAAAUGUAGUAUGCUGGACUAUGAUGUAAUAGUUUGAUCCAGUAAAGAAACUAAUGUUACAUGCAAUGAUAGCUUGUGAUAUUGAUCUUUUCUUGGUUUUUGGCUAAGAAGAUUGUCUUA